AUGGAGAUGAACAUCAGGUUGAUGGUGUUACUAACUGGUAUUUCUCUGUGUUUUAUUCGAAAUGUUUUAUGUACCUCUGCUGCGAACGUGAGGCAACUGACUAAAGACCUGUUAACUAACUACGACAAAAGAGUGCGCCCUGUAGGUGACCAGAGUCAAACCCUUAAGCUUGAUUUAAGUUUUAACCUCUGUGGAGUCAAUUCAGUUGAUGAGGUGGCAGAAAAACUUGUUACAACGGGUUUUAUCUAUGCUGUUUGGACUGAUGAAGGUUUGACAUGGAGCUCUGCAACCAACAACAAUAUUAAUUACAUAUUUUUAAUGCAGAAUGACAUAUGGAAACCAGACCUGGUACUGAAGAAUGGCUUCACGAAGUUUAAAGAGAUGGGUGGAGAUUUUUACUACGUUCAUGUAGGUAACGAUGGACUGGUGCAGUGGAGGCCGUACGAGGUGUUCGAAACCAGAUGCAGCAUUGACAUUACUCGAUUUCCUUACGACAAGCAAACAUGUAAUAUCAUUUUCAUUGUUUGGAGUUAUGUUUCCGUUGAAGUAAGCAUCACAAAAUCUUCAGGGGGAUUAGUUUUUUAUGAAUACGAAGAAAACAGUGUAUGGACAGUGGAGUCUACGAGUAAUGUUAUAAGCAACUAUGGAACCGAAUCACAGAUUACUUUUAUCCUUAAUUUGAAACGAAAACCUCAGUAUUACGUCAUGAAUAUGAUUAUCCCUGUUAUAUGUCUUGGAAUUUUAAGCCUUUUGGUUUUUAUCAUCCCAGCUGAUGCAGGAGAAAAGAUGGGCUACUCUGUGACAGUGUUGUUAUCCUUUGCAGUCUUUCUGACCAUGAUCAGCGCGGAAUUACCAGUCAAUUCUGAAAGUACGUCUUUUCUGAGUUUUUAUCUCAUUCUUCAAAUGGUGAUUGGAGCUUUCAUUCUUGUCAUCACCGCAGUACAACUUCGACUACAUCACAGAAAAAGCAGCGUUGGUAUAGCCAAGUUCUUUAUUUAUAUCGUAAAAUUUGAACAGUUCUUGAGAUGCAAAAAAUCAUGUCGCUCUUCAAACACCACAGACGUUAAACCAAUGGAUUGUAGCGACGACAAUAAAGAUGAAGUCGUUUCGGAUGACUCUGAUAUUGACUGGAACGAUGUCACUUCUGCUAUUGACUUUCUUUGUUUCUGGAUUUUUCUCUUAGGUAACACAGCUUUGACCAUUUUUCUUUUUGCUUACAUUACUUCUGGAUAG